GAGUCAAUGGGAAGAGCCAUGGCUGCUGAGGAAGGCCAGAGGGGGAGAGCAACUGCUUACCCUCAGCCAGACUGCGACUUCCACCGCUUCUACUCCAAGCUCUUCACCAUCAGGGCGUCGGACGACGAGAAUUUUAAAACCGAGGUCAACCUGGUGUUCGAUCAGCUCAUCUCGGAGAACUACCUCAGCGAUCCCACCAUCAGCCGCGAGCAUGUAUGUUCUUUACUUGUCCAAGCCUGUCGACUUGUCCAGUUGAACCAGGAACACCUAGUAAACAAAAUGUGUCAACUCAUCCACCAUUUGCUUAACCGCUUACAGGUGACAGUGGAUGAACAGAGUUUGGACCUUCUACUCUCCUACUGCAUCCGAGCACUGCAGCAGUGCAACUGCUGGACUCAUGUGGAAAUAUUGCAGGCAGUGGCUGCUCUUGUCUACAGUAAUGGGCCACGAUGCCAAAAGUUCCUUCCAGACCUGCUGGGGAAAGAAGGAAUCUUACUUCAGCUUAGUGCACCAACCCAGCCAGAUGUGGACCUGCGAAGGGCUGCGGUGUAUUGCAUGGCCAAUCUCUGUCUUGGUGUGCCUGGACAGCCAUACUUGGACGAACAGUACAAAACUGUGGCUCUACAGACCUUUCUCAUUGUGAUGCGGAACCCAAGGACUCCUGAUGUUGAUGAUGUCACCGUAUGCAAGUUGUUGCAAAAUGCUUUGAAGGGCAUCCAUUCCAUUCUGAAUGCAGGGAGAAUUAAUCUGACACAAACCGAUCAACUGGGGAAUCUCCUUGCAGUUCUAAAGACCUAUAUGUUCUAUGGUUUUCCGGGUGUGAACAUUGACGUUCCUGCUGUUCUUUACCCAGCUCCUCUUCCCCAGUAUGAAGGUAGCUCACCCACAAAGGAGCAAUUAGGAGGUGCUACAAACUCUACAAAGCAAGUCGGGCAUAAGAAAAAGAAAUCUCGAUCCAAAAACAAGAAGGAACAAUUGGAGGAUCAAAGGGAAGAGCAGAAGGAGACAACACAGCAAGAAGUACUCCAAGGAGCAGACAGUGGGGGGCAAAGAGGAGGUGACUCAACUUUUAACCUCCUCCAAGGGCGAAACUAUUCUGACAAGACAGUGCCUUCUUUAGAUGGAAAAGAUCUUUCAAAUUCCUUCUAUCCCAGCUGGAAAAAAAUAAAUAGCUCUGAUUCUGAGUAUUCAGACACUGAGGGAGGAAUCCAGACCAGACAGAGAUCACUGCAAGCAAAAGUUCGCCAGGGAGCUUUGUCCUGCUUCCUUUCAACCAUAAAGUCAUUAGAGAAGAAAGUUCUGUAUGGCUACUGGUCUUCAUUCAUUGCAGAUGCCCCUGGCAUUGGAAGCCCACAAGCUGUCUCCUUGAUGACAAUUGCUUUGAAAGAUCCAUCACCAAAGGUCCGUGCUGGUGCUCUCCAAGUCCUAUCGGCCAUCUUGGAAGGAUCUAAGCAGUUCCUAUCUGUCGCAGAGGACACCAAUGAUCAUCGGAGAGCUUUCACACCCUUCUCUGCAACCUUGGCUUCUAACAUCAGGGAGCUUCAUAGAUGCCUGCUGAUUGCCCUAGUGGCAGAAUCCUCCCCACAGACACUCACCCAGAUAAUCAAGUGCCUUGCUAAUCUGGUAACCAAUGUGCCAUACAAUCGCCUCAAACCAGGACUCCUUACCCGUGUUUGGAACCAGAUUAAACCCUACAACCGCCGCAAAGAUGUCAAUGUGCGUGUGUGCAGUUUGACUUUACUGGGAGCAAUCAUUUCUGUGCAGGCGCCACUUCCUGAGGUACAGCUGCUCUUACAGCAGCCUAGCUCUUCAGGCCUCUCAAACAGUGGCUCAGGAACACCCUACCGCCUGAGUGACUCAGAGUCUUGGCGAAAACCCCAACAAACAGGAACCCGUGAUGGAGAGAAGGAGAAUUCGGAAAGUCCACCAUUCGAGCUCUGUUGGUUGAUUCAGUUGUGCAUUUCCAUCAUCACAUUACCAAAACAGGAGCCAUAUUCAGACAGUGACACCAAUACAGGGGCAGCAAGUAGCAUGUAUGAGCCCUCUCCAGUGCGAGUAGAAGCACUACAGGUAUUGGCGUUGCUUGUCAAAGGGUAUUUCACAAUGGCACAGACCAAUUUGCUGGAGUUGGGAGAAGUAGCUUGUAAAUGUAUGGAGGAGCCAGAUCCAUCUAUUCAACUGCAUGGAGCCAGGCUGUUGGAGGAAAUAGGCUCAGGGAUUGUCCAGCAACAUAAGCUGGACUCUCCCACACCCCUCAGUGACAGGGUGCUUGUCAACCAGGUUGUGACCUUCUGGUCCAGAAUGUUGAAUGGUCCUUUGCCAGGAGCAUUACAGAAUGAUGAACAUCCUACGCUCCAGACCAGCACUUGUGAUGCAAUUUCUUCAAUUUUACCAGAGGCUUUUAACAGUCUUCCAAAUGAAAAGCAGAUUCUGUGCAUAACCAUGUUGCUCGGGCUCAAUCACAGUGAACAUCCUCUGGUCAAGGCAGCUGCCGUGCGAGCCCUGGGUGUUUACAUCCUCUUCCCCUCGCUCCGACAGGAUGUGAUGUUUGUGGCUGACACUGCGAAUGCCAUCCUGACUUCCUUGGAUGACAAAUCCCUGAACGUUCGUACCAAGGCAGCCUGGUCACUGGGCAAUCUCACAGACACCUUAAUUGCUAACAUGGAGUCCAUGGGGCUGGGUUUCCAAGAGGAGUUUUCAGAUGUUCUGCUACUGAAGAUGUUGAAAUCAGCUACACAUGCAUCCAAUGAUAAAGACAAGGUGAAAAGCAAUGCUGUGCGAGCUCUAGGCAAUCUGCUGCACUUCCUGCAGCCUCAUCACAUCUCCAAACCCCAGUUCAAGGCCAGCAUUGAGGAGUCAAUCCAAGCUUUAAUCCGCACUGUUCAGAGCGAGGCGACCAUGAAGGUGCGGUGGAAUGCAUGCUAUGCAUUGGGAAAUAUGUUCAAAAACCCAGCUAUUCCACUUGACUCGGCUCCCUGGGCAGCUCAGGCUUUCAGUGCCUUGAUCUCGGUGGUGAAAACCUGCAAGAACUUCAAAGUGCGCAUCAAAUCGGCCAUGGCCCUCUCCAUCCCCUACAGCCGUGAGCGCUAUGGGGACAGCAAACAGUUCAGCGAGAUUUGGAACGCGCUGGUGCUGGCGUUGGAAAAGAGCGAAGAGACAGAGGACUUCCUGGAGUUCAAGUACUGUGCCAGUCUGAGAACUCAGAUCUGCCAGACGCUGUUGCACCUCCUCCACCUCAUCAGCGCUGAGGACCACCCCUGCAUCAGCAAAACUGUUUCAGAGAAAGGGGACUUAAUCCGAACCUUUGUUCAGCGCUUUCUCACUUCAGGGGUGGAGGCUGAUGAAACUCGGACAGACCCUCAGGAUAGGGUCAGGAUGUUGCAAAAGGCCUUUCAGCACCUACGCAGCCUUCAGGAGGUUCCGUUGGAGGAGAGAGAACGGGUUGCCAAAUACCUGGAUGAAAUCUUGAAACAUUGCGCAGAAUCCACAGGCCCACAGAGUGGUGUGAAAGAUACUCAGGAGUGAAGAGUUCUGCUUGAACUCUGCCUACUUCUUGCUGCAUGUCCAAUGCUUAUGAACAUUACAACAGCUCUGUCUGUUUUGCUUUUAUUACAGCUUAUUAAAAGAUGAAGGUAGGGGGUGCCCUUUGUGCAUCCAUGUGUUAGACGCUCACCUUCCUCCUCUGGGUCUUUGGGGUCACACUUGGUGAACAUCAAUAAGUUGAAAGUCCAUUUUGUCCAUGAGUAUGAAGGCUCUUACAUUUUUGUAUUGUUUCAAUCCAGGUUGCAGUGGACAGGAGCCCUGAGCAUGUGAAAACUGUCCCAAAUUCUUCAACGGCCUCUUCCAGAGAGGCUGAAAAAUGUCACACUGGUGCAGUUAGAGGGGUGUUUUUCUUAAGUUAUGAACCGAGUACAGGGUGCGUCACUUUGUGUCUAACCUGGUGUGGGAGUGCCCGAUGGUGACACAGGAUGCCUAUGAUGGAAGGGGCAAUGAUCAUCAGCACUAACAUCCUCUGUUUGACAAUUUUUUUGUUGUUGACGUGUGGGUGGAAUAUUGAAUAAACUGAAAUGCUAUUGA